CGCGGGGAGACAGGAGAGGGCGGCGAGCCGGGCGCGGGGACAUGCGCGGCCGCCUGUGGCUGAGCCUGGUGUGGCUGCUGCUGGCGCGGGCGUCCGGCGCCGCGGGGACCCCAAACAGCCCGCGGAGACCGCGCAGCUACCCACACCUGGAGGGCGACGUGCGCUGGAGGCGCCUCUUCUCCUCCACCCACUUCUUCCUGCGAGUGGACCCCAGCGGCCGCGUGCAGGGCACCCGCUGGCGUCACGGAGCUGACAGCAUCAUUGAGAUCCGCUCCAUCCGUGCGGGCGUCGUGGCCCUCAAGGCUGUGCACACCGGCUUCUACGUGGCCAUGAACCGCGGGGGCCAUCUCUACGGGUCGCGGGUCUACACCGCCCACUGCAGGUUCCAGGAGCGCAUCGAGGAGAACGGCUAUAACACCUACGCCUCGCUCCGCUGGCGUCACCGCGGUCGGCCCAUGUUCCUGGCGCUGGAUGGGCAGGGGUCCCCGAGGCGCGGUGGCCGGACACAGCGGCACCACCUGUCCACCCACUUCCUGCCCGUCCUGGUCUCCUGAGGUUCCCAGGGGCCACGAGGAGCAGCUGGACAGAGAUCCCACAAGAUGCCCGAGCUGCACGGCCAGGGGCUGGGGAAGCCCAGGCCCUGGCAAAGCACGUCUGGUCACUCCUCUGUUCCACAAGCAAUAACGGUGUGUCCGCAGUGUGCCGGGCUGGGGACACUGCAGGACCCCCACAGAUGCAGCCUGACUCCCAGGGCGCUCCUGUCCGAGUCUGCGGGGAGGUGGACGCUCAGCUGAGCACAGGCUGCAGGUGUCCGUUCACAGGCUGGGAGGGCACGGAGGCCCCACUCACCACCCGGGACGGAGACUGAAAGGAUGUGGCCGUGUGCUCACCGGAAGGUCUGGGAAGGGCACUCCGGGCCGGACCCGGCCCAGGCAGAGGCUCUGAGGUGGGAACCCACCGGUGUCCGAGGCAGGGAGGAGGUCUGAGGGCCAAGAGAGAGAGGGCAACGUGGAUGUGCCUGGGUCACAGGUCCCCAUUCUGGUCCUGGGACCUGCAGAUGUGUCACCCAUGUGGCAGAGGGGACCUUUCAAGGCCCCCUUUCGGGGGGGGGGGGGCAGUGUCCUCACGAGGUCCUCUCGAGAGGGAGGCAGAGAGACAGGCAGACCCCGAGCUGCUGGCCGUGAGGAUGAGGAGGGGCCACGGGU